GCACCGCCGUCAACGAGAGCCCGCUGAACGCUGAACGCCGCGAGAAGAAGCAAGGAAUAAAAGAAGAGGACCAUUUGAUGGAAGAGAAGAAAAGGAAAAAGCAAGAAGAGAAGAAAAAGAAAGAAGCUGCUCAGAAAAAGGCCACUGAACAGAAAACCAAAGUGCCAGACUCUGCCAAGCCCGGCCCCACCCUUCCUCCUCUCCCCGCCAACCCCAGUGCCAUCCCGUCUGUACACCCCAGCAGUGGCAAUGGCAAGCGCACCCCCUACGGAGGCCAGCCACAGACAGCACAGCAGCCCCUGCCCCAGCAGCGCUACCCACCCCGAGAGGUGCCCCCGCGCUUUCGCCAGCAGGAGCACAAGCAGCUGCUGAAGAGGGGCCAACCUUUGCCCCCUGGGACUCUGCCUCUAUCUACCACAGGACAUCCUGCCACUACCGAACCUGCAACAGGCGCACACUCUUCUUCCUCCACAAGCAGCCUGCACACAGAGCCCUGCUGCCCAAAGGAACUGCAACCACAGAGCAGCCAGGUAACUCAGUAUGAUAAUCCCCUCUGGGGACACCUGCCAACCAAUCAACCUGCCACUAGUGCUGCAGCUUCAACCAACACCAGUGGCUGGGAUCAACUGAUCAUUGACCAGAAGGACACAAAGGCUUGGCCCUCCAUUACCUACAGCCAGAGCCAGUCCCCUCCAGGAGGAUGCCUCUUGGACACUGACCCUGGUGCUUUGGCAAGCAGCAGCAGUAGUAGUACAGUGAGUAUGGCCACAGGGGCCAACUUCCCUGCCAACCACCCUAGCAGCAAGGCCAGCUCUGGGCCCAACCCUGCCAAUCACUCUGGGGCUGGCAUGCUCUCAAGUCAGGCCACAGCCAAUCGCAGCUGGGGAUCUGGGCCCGGACCCGCCCACUGCCCACCUCAGUCCUCAAUGGGGAGUGACGGGAAGAGUGAUGGCCUAGUGGGAGGAGGAGGCAGCAGGGGUUGGGGCACCUCCUCCUUGACCUCCACUUCUAACUUUAACUUGAAUCUGAACCCAAACGCCAACCCGUCUGCCUGGCCUGUGUUGGGGCAUGACGGGCCUGGCACAGGGGGAGGCAGCUCAGGGGGAGCCAACUCCAGCUCUCCUUUACAACCCCCACCCAACCUCUGUAACCCACCUGGCGCCUCAUCAGCUCAGGCCAAUGUUGGCCCUGGAGCCAAUGCCAGCGGGAACCCCUUGGGGGGUGGCAGCGCCUGGGGUAACAUCAUGUCUUCAGACCCUUCAGAGCCACGUCACUCCCCAUCCACGAAUGUGUCUUUCAGUUCCGAACCUCAGAACCUUAACACUGACGGACCAAAUCACACUAACAAGCAGGAUUCCCCCAGCCCCAUCCAUAGCCUGUCCGGCUGGGGCAGUGCCUCUGUGGGCUUAGGCUCCAUCGGUCAGCAUCCACCUGGGACCCCACAGGUCAAUGGAGAAGAUGGCAGCUCAGUCUGGGGUAGCAACGGAGAUUCAAAGGCAACCUCAUGCAAGGAUGUGUCUGGCUGGGACUCUGGUUCUGGCUGGGGCCAUGGGAGUGGUGGAACAGGGAGCUCUGGAGGCUGGGGUGAUCAGUCCAGUGGCGACUGGGGGAAGCAGCAAACUACAGAGGCUCAGGGAAGCUGGGAAACCCCCAGUUCUCCUCCCCAGGAUCAGCAGGCCAGUUGUUGGAACAGAGCUCUGAGCACAGCUGGUGCCAGCGAGGGAAGCAGUGACAGCAUGGAUGGACGCCCCAACCAAAGGGGCCGCUCAUCCAGGGAUGAUCCAGCCCCUCCGCUCCCCGCCCCGGACCUGGACCCCAGGGUACUGUGUAACACUGGCUGGGGUCAGACCCCAGUCCGCCAGCAUACUUCCUGGGACAUGGAUGAGACCAACCGAAAGAAUGAUGUAGGCACUGACUCCUGGAGCUCUGGCCCCACUAUCUCCAGCGACCCUUCAGGGCCCCCUAACACUAACACGGGCCCAACUCAGAGGAACGAGUCUGGGAGCAAAAAUGACGGCCCUGGUUCUCAGGGAGCCCCAGGCUGGGGAGGAAGUAUAGCUGCUACCAACCAGCCCAGUGCUGGCUGGGGAGAGCCACCCAACAGCAAGAAGACCUCCAGUGGCCCUGGGGGCUGGGGAAAUCCCCAACCAGGGGGUCCCCUUUCUAACAUACCCAAGAAUGGUGGUCAAUCCUGGGGAGAGGAGAAAUCGCCAGGAUGGGAUGACCUUCCCAACAAGGCCAAGUCCCAGGGCUGGGGAGACCAACCCAAAGCCUCCCAUGGCUGGGGCAAUGGUGGAGGGAGCAGUGGUGGAGGAGACUGGGGGGAAUCAUUAGAUGGCAAGAAAAGCAGUCCCACCAACCCUGGCUGGGAAGGAGAGGCGGGAGGAUGGAAGGAGACCCCCCGAGGCUGGGGAAAACCUGCCACUGGACCCGGGGUAUCUGGAGCUGGAGCAGGUGGUGGUUGGGGAGAGCCAGUCAGCCAGCGCCCCAGCGGCCCUGCCCAGGGCUGGGGAAGCAAGCCCCAGGAUGGGCCCAGCAGUAGUGGAGGAGGAGGUGGUAUGGGUUCAUGGAGUGGCUCAGGCUCAGUGAAGCCAGGUGGAGGUUGGGUUGGGAGUAAGCAAGAGUCCUCAGGAGAGCCCACUGGUUGGGAGGAGCCCUCCCCACCUUCUAUCCGACGCAAGAUGGAAAUAGAUGAUGGUACCUCAGCCUGGGGAGACCCUGGCACCUACAACAAGACAGUCAACUUGUGGGACAGGAACAACCCAGGGAUGCCCCAGGGUAAAGCAAGCCCUGUUGGAGGCAAUAACCCCCCAGGCCCCAGCAACAACCAUCUCUACUCCCACUCUCACCCCUAUCAUGGUCCACCUCCACCCCUCCAAGGUCAUGGCCACAACCCCCAGAAUCCAGGCCCGAGCAGUGGGCCCAUGGACCCGGCUGUACCCCACCAGUCUGGACCACCUCACAAUAGAGCUCCCCUCAUGGCUCAAGGCUGGGGAGAACUACCCAGCUCCCAUGCCAAAUCAGAGGGCUCCUGGGGGGAACCUGCACCCCCUCCAGUCAGCGUGGACAAUGGGACGUCUGCCUGGGGAAAGCCCAGUGGAGGCUGGGGGGAUAAUGGGUCCGACGGCUAUGGCAGGGGCAACCCACCCGUGGGAUCUGCAUCCUGCAAACCUGCCCCUAAACCUAUGCAAGACAGCUGGGGAGGUGGAGGUGAAGACCUGGUUCUGUCUGGAAGCCAGUGGGAUGCUGAUGAGGGAGACAUGUGGAACAAUGCUGCCCCCCAGGAGAGCAAUUCUUCUUGUAACUCCUGGGCCAAUGCACCUAAGAAGGGCCCACCGAAGGGGAAGGUUCCAGGGAAGCAGGAGGACACCUGGAUUAUGAAUCGCCUCAUCAAGCAGCUGACAGAUAUGGGUUUCCCUAGGGAUCCGGCGGAGGAGGCUCUGAAGAGCAAUAAUAUGAACCUAGACCAGGCCAUGAGUGCCCUGCUGGAGAAGAAGACAGAGAUGGACAAGCGGGGGAUGGGAAUGACUGGCCACGAGUACAACAAUGGUCUCAUCAACAAGCCUAUGGGCUGUCCCCGGCCUCCGCUCCUCUCCAAAGACCCCUCAACAGACCCCCGCUCACCCUUCAUGGAUAAGAUGCAGAGUGGAAUGUUUGGCAGCAGUGGAGCAGCACAAGCCCGGGCCAUGCAGCAGCAGCAGCCUCCUCCUCAGCCACCAGUGCCACCUCUUGGCUCCUCCCAGCCUAGUCUUCGCGCUCAAGUGCCUCAGUUUCUCUCCCCUCAGGUUCAAGCACAGCUCUUACAGUUUGCAGCAAAAAACAUCGGUCUGAAUCCUGCACUUUUAACCUCACCAAUAAACCCUCAGCAUAUGACCCUCCUGAACCAACUCUACCAGCUGCAACUGGCAUACCAGCGUUUACAGAUUCAGCAGCAGAUGCUGCAGGCGCAGCGCAAUGUUUCUGGCCCUAUUCGACAACAAGAGCAGCAAGUUGCACGUACAAUCAAUAACAUGCAGCAACAGAUCCAACAGCACCAGCGUCAGCUGGCGCAGGCCCUGCUGAUGAAGCAGCAACAACAACAGCCCCCCCCCUCCCAUGCUGGCCUGCACCCUGGCUCGGCCAAAUCAGCCCUGGACUCCUUUCCAGGCCACCCCCAGGUUCCAAUCCUCCCUGACCUGCAGACCAAAGAGCCGCAGUCUUCUUCCAAUGCCUACAGCCCCUACCCUCUCUCUGGACUAAAUGCAAACAUGAAUGUAAAUUGCAUGGAGGUUGGGAGCCUGUCCAUAAAGGAACCCCCCCAGGCCCAGUCACGGCUGUCCCAGUGGACACACCCCAACUCCAUGGACAGCCUUUCCGGGAGCUCCUCUCCUCUGGAGCCCAGUUUGGGCAAGCAUGGUGCCAACCUGGGUCCCCCAGGUAAGCUGUCCCAGCUGGAGGACUCGUAUAGCCCCUACAACCUAAUGUCCAGCUCUGAGUCCCCAUCCAGCCCCCUGGUGCCACCAGACAGCUGGGGCCAAGGCAAGAGUAGCAAUGAUAAGAUGGCUAAUGGGACCAACAUCAACUGGCCACCAGAAUUUUGCCCUGGUGUACCCUGGAAGGGCCUACAGAACAUAGACCCUGAGACUGACCCCAAUGUGACCCCUGGCAGCGUUCCCAGUGGGCCCACCAUCAACACCAACAUCCAGGAUGUCAACCGCUACCUGCUGCGGGACAGAAGUGGAGGCUCCUCUCCCACUUCUUCUCAGAAUGAGGCUCUGCCUCCUUCUUCUGAUUGGCCAGUCAGUGCCUACUCUAGUUCAUUCAGUCUGUCGUCCCCGGAGACAGACGAUGCAGGUAAACUGUCUGAAAUGAAGUCUACCUGGUCCCCAGGACCCAUCUCCCACAGUCAGGCUUCUCUUUCCCAUGAGCUGUGGAAGGUCCCCCAGGGUCCCCGCAGCAGCACCACAGCCCCCUCCCGACCCCCACCUGGACUCACUAACGCCAAGCCCUCCUCUACCUGGGGGGGUAACUCCCUGGGCCUGGCCCAAGGCUGGAGCAGCUCUUACACCUCAGCAGGUACCACGUGGAGUACAGACAGCUCCACCAGGACCAGUAGCUGGCUGGUCCUGAGGAACCUCACUCCACAGAUUGACGGUUCAACUCUGCGGACACUGUGCAUGCAGCAUGGUCCCCUCAUCACAUUCCACCUCAACCUGACCCAGGGCAACGCCGUGGUGCGCUACAGCUCCAAGGACGAGGCCGCUAAGGCCCAGAAGUCCCUGCACAUGUGCGUGCUGGGGAACACCACCAUCCUGGCAGAGUUUGCUGGGGAGGAAGAAGUGAACCGCUUCUUUGCACAGGGCCAGUCACUAGGGGGAACCACCAGCUGGCAGGCCAAUCCAGGCACCAAUCAAACCAGAAUGGGCGGAAGCGGGCCCGGAGCCUCUCACCCAAUCAGCCACUCAGCCCACUGGAACAACAACAACAGCAGCAGCAACAGCGGCGGCAGCGGCGGCGGCCUAAGUGCGGGUGGAGCCAAGACAGGUGGAGAUCUGCUGUGGGGCGGCGUGCAGCAGUAUUCCAGCCUGUGGGGACCUCCCAACACCGAGGAGGGACAGGUCAUGGGGAGUCCCACCCCAAUCAAUACACUGCUGCCUGGGGACCUCUUGAGCGGGGAGUCCAUGUAGGACGGCG